UCUCGUUUAAGUUUUAUAUUUUUGAUAUGUUAAGCCGUUUGAUCAUGAUCAGAUGAUUAAAGGAAACCUGUGAUUGCAUAAAGUUCUCUUUUUAGACAUUUCUGUUCUUGGAUCAUUAACCAAUUUGUUAUUUGUUCUUUGUUCUUUUCAGAAAAAAAGACCCAUCACUCAACAACACAGACUAAUUUGGAAAAGAGAAUAUUCUUGAGAUCGAUCAUGCAGACAGCAUCAUCGGGGGGAAAUUUGGUGCCCCUCAAUGAAAUACAGUUGGAGGAAUUCCACAGGAGACAAAGUAUAUCAGCUGGAAAUGAGAUGCUCAUGAGACCUGAUCAGGUAUGCAAACUUCAACAGGUGUUCAAGCGCUUUGAUAAAAAUGAUGAUGGGAAAGUAUUGCCGGUUGAAUUGCAACAAUGCAUGGAGGCUUUGGGUGUGACGAUUUCACCACAGGAUGCAGAGUUUGCAGUCGCAAAUCUAGACAGGGAAGGUGAUGGGCUGCUGGAUUUUGAUGAUUUUUUAUUGCUUGUGGAAGCUGGAAGGAACAAGGAAGAUAAUUCAUCCGCGAAUCGGCCUUUACAUAGUUCAUGGAUAAGCUUAAUAAUUAAUAAGCUUAAGCGUUUUGGGGAUAAGACUAAGGUACGUCAAGGUACCAAUGCACUACUUCCUUUAUCCUCAAACGAUUUGGUUAACACGACACUCAAACAAAAUGAUUUUACUUGGACGGCUUUUAAGGGUUUUCUACGUGGGAGUGUGCAUAAUCUUUCUCCAAAACAACAUGGGUUCUUACUAUUGUUGUUCGGCGGCAUCCUAAGUUACCUCACAAGAAACUCUACCUCUCCAUUUGAAUCCUUCAAAGUUGGAAAAACCAGAACCACAUCAGAGUCACUAUUAAGCUUAGAGGAAGCAUUUUAUGCUUUCCCACUAGAACUGGCACAUAUAUCUGGGUUCAUGAUAUGCUAUGUCGUAAUGUGGUUGCUUGUUUUGCCGCUACAACCUGGAAUACUGAUAUUUUUGGGGCUACUAUUGAUUUUUUCACCAAUUUUUUAUUUUGGUCAGCUGGCGAGAAUGGUUUCAAUUUCAGGGGUUCAUGUGGAUUGUGGUGGCUUCUUCAAGUUGCCUCUGUUUUGGUUUACAACUCUAGGUGCUGUUGGGCUUUCUCUUGCUUUUGGGUUAGUGAUGUUGCUAGUUGUUUACUUGAGCUGGAGGUUCAUACAUAAAGGGAAACCAAAAAUUAUAGAAGUUAGAUUAGAUGAUUUGUCAUCUUUCACUUUGGAUGAAUGAUUGACCUUAUAGAGUUGAGUGUUUGGUGAUUUCAAUAGUUUUUCCUUUCUAUUUUUGGAACUUUGAUUUAGAAUAAGGAACAAUGGAACAUGUGAAUGAUGAUUGAACGUGUGUAAGUUAUUUUAUUUUAUUUUAUUUUAAGAAAUUAGUAGAAUAUUCA